ACGAAAUCCCUAAAUAUUUUUCACAGCAGUGUCACAAUCUCGGAGUUCAGCGCGUCGUGGCGGGAUCCUACCGACAAGUCGUUAGACUUUCAAACAAUGAGAGAGAUAAGGCUGACACCAAAAGAAAAACUAGAGAUAUGUUCUAGCGUAGGUGUCAAGUUUGGUGAAGUACUUUGGACUCGUUUACGUGAUGUAAUUGAGAAGUCCGGCACAGAUUGGGUCACCCCGGAUGAAUAUGUGGCCUAUUUCAAUCAAGAAAACAAACGAUUGAACUAUCGAAACCUUGACACAAAUAACGUCCCGUUAAUGAAAUAUUUUACCGCCCUAGACAAUAUCUUUCACGUGAAAAUUGUCCAGUUCCCCGAUUCCAGUGAAGUCCGUCUGUACCUCGUGCCAGAUUUUCACACACGCACAGCGCGAACCUGGAUACCAAAGAAAAGUGAUUCACAGAGUAAGGCACUGCCGGAUCUCAAUGGUCAACCAUUCCUGAAGAAUCCAAACACAAAAUCACACGGUCAACGAUUAGUACCAAUUCGUAAAAUAUACCAGGAUACUGCGCUAAAAAAUGUCGUUAGAGAAUUCAAUAUAGGCUUGGGUUUUCAAGGUGCAAUAAGCUGCCAGGAUUAUUUACAACAGCUUGAUGAAAAGUAUCCGGGUGUUAAAGGUGCGAUGGAGCUGAGAUCUGCAAUCGCAGAUCUUGACCUUAUCGAUAAUUACGUAAUAAGCGUCGCCGAUGCAAAAUGUCCCGUAGUACGGAUUUCAACCGAAUUACUAAGAGUAGGUCAUCCAACGAUCGCCCCUACAUAUGUAGAAAAAUAUCCUUACUGUACUGUAUUUCCUGAGCCUAAUGAGCGUAGGCCACAACAGCCAUCCGAUGAGAAGGUCUUCAUUGCCGAAGUCAAUGAAAUAGAUAUAGUUCCAAGACAUAUGCGUAUGUUUAUCACAAUUAUUGAUAGAAUAGGUGAGCGCGAUAGGUUGCAAAAAAAACUUCAAAGCACCUACGGCCGAAAUAAGAACCAAACAAUUCCUCUUAACCAGUUACGCAAAGGUCUACCUUGCGCUGUUCCAUUCGAAGGCACUCAGGAUUUUCACCGUGCCGUUAUUCUGCGACCGGUAGUCAGUCGUCUCGUGCAGGUCUUAUACGUAGAUUUCGGCACUGUCGCAGACGUGGUUAGCGAGUCGCUUAUUUUUCUGGAUGAGGAUUUCUACAAGGUUCCAGUUCUAGCCGAGCCUGCUGUACUUAGUUUCGCAGUGCCUUGGAAAGAUAGACGUGGGGUAGCAGACAAGAUACUUAAACAAUCUUCAGUCAAAAUGAUUGUGUUGGGUUGGAGCGAAGAACAGAAUUCCAUAAUUGUUCAAGUCAGUGACCUGGCUUCGUACCCGAUGAAAUUACGCAGUGAACUGCGUGCGGCUUGAAGUGACGGGACAAUUAAACAACUUCAGAGCAGAGUAAGGUAAACCGGUAUUCUAGUAAUGACAAUGUAGUAGAGUAAUGGCUGUCGGAGCAAGAUACUUCCUAUAUUUAAUAAUAAAAAUGUCCUUCAUCUCAGUGUAUGCUUCUGUGGGUCACGUUGAAUGUUAGGGUAAGUGACAAGCGGAGAAGGCUAAAACCGUAAAAAAACGAACUACGCUUAAGAAAAACUAGAUUUGGUAUCCAUGGUGUUCCUUCGUGUGUUUUGGUUUCUCAUAGAGGCCCUUAUUAUGGAAGGUGAUGGUCGUCUUAAAGGGCGUUGCAUGCUCAUGUCUCGCUUCCUUCUUUUCCAGGGACUACCACCUAAUAUCAUAGCCUGAACCAUACACUAAUUAAUUUUCAGAAGGAUGUAACUACAUGUUUAUAGUUCUUCUCCGCAUAUCGGCAGUCAAGUUUUCUGGCCUAGCAUUCAUGUAACAUCAAGUAAUUCAUAACAACCACUCACGUAAUUAAUAUUUUUCGCACAAUCAUUGAACUAGAGCUUUUAGAAAACCUCAUACUGUAAAAAUAAGUUUUUGCUGGCAACUAUCAAAAAAGCCAUACGCACCGUACAAUUCGUUGAGAGUGAAUAAAACAAAGCAAGAUCCUAUUAUGUAGCCCAGUGCGAGCUGAGGACACCACAAUCACGUAUGACGAAAAUGUAAGCAAAUAAAUAUAAGCAGGAUUUCGGAAUUCUCACGCAAUGGCAGUUAUAAGGCCAAGGCGAGAUAUAGCGAAUACUAUUCUCUGGUAAGUGUUUAAUGCAUAGUGUGCAGCAGUAUGCAGAAUCAGGUGUGCAAACUAUAUUACUGUACAAAUGACAUAAUCACUAUCGAGUCUGUUAUGGAAUACACAAGCGAUAGAAAAAAAAACUGCAUGUGAUUUACUCCGAUCGUGCGGGCGGAAACUUCAGGGAAACCACUAUUGUCGAAAUCAAGAAAAACUCUAUUAUGCAUCAAGUUCAUCACGAAAACGAACGCUAUUAUGUUAAGUUUGCUUUUCUGUGAGCUUAGCUUUUAAGUUAUUUUAUAUCUAUGGAAGCUUUUUUCUGAAAUCCGAAAUAUUGCCAUCAUAUACGGCGCACACUAUAUGUAGUUGCGCUGAGAGAAUGUUCACUGGCAUGUGUUUCAGUGUAUGUGACAUUCGUAAUUUAGAUAUUUUUGGAUAUCGCAGUAGUCCCGUGAGCGCGCGCCCGCUAACAUCCAGAUGUCGCCCAAGACGAAUCAUUUACAGCAUUAUCUGAGUGGAACCCCAAUCGCCAAAAAAAAGCUACACAAAGGAAAGGGCUAUAGAUUUUUCUCUCUAUACUAGGGUAGCCUAGGGAUCUUCCUUUAGAAAGGCAAAUAUCUCUGCUCAGUCACAGACGACAACGACGAAAUAACAAAACGUAGACUUGAAAAAUAGGGAUUUACUAAGAAAUGUGGCUGGUGAGUUAAGUUCCAGAUAGAUAAGAAACUAUGGAGGAGUAAGCAAUAACACAGAACACGAAUGCCAGUUAAAUUUUCUUUUAUCUACUUAUAGAACGAAUACAUGUGCACAUAGUUAUAAUGAAAUUGUACAAAUUAAGAAUAAAGCGUUUGCUAAUCAAGUAAAGUACCAUUAUGGUUAUUCUUGAGUUCUGAAGGUUCGGGAAAUCUGGCAAGGAAGAUGUAGUCUAUCAGGCGGCGAAACUAAAAACAAGGACUUUCACAUGCGUUUAUCUUCGUGAUAUCGAUCACCAGUUCAAACGGGCAUUUCAAGGGUAAAAUUCUGCAUGUACCACGAAUGGCGAAUAACUGUUCUCCUUCACCGUACGUUAUGGCUUGCAAAAGCGGUAGGUUAACAAAAUUGCGCUAAUUUACACAUAGUAUCAAGGGUAUGCGCAUUUAUACAAUUUGCGUUACAUAGAUUACAUACAGUUAUAGAUAGCUAUAAAAUCCUAGAUCUCCAAUCUCAGAAACAUCUUUGAUGUCUUUGGAAUAUUCUCUAUUUUUGAGGACUUAUAGACAAGGAUCGCUGUUGUUAUUUUUUUGGUCAGGAAUGCAAAAACUAAGGUGAGGGCUCCAGCA